CCGGUUUUGCUCGGGAGGGGUCGAGGCGCCUCGGGGCGACCGGAAUAGCUGCUCGGCGCCGCUUGCGGAACUCCCUGCUACAUGAUGGGUCGCGCCGGAACUUGAAGUCAGGCAGCAUUUUAUUCCAGCCGGGCCCUUCCGUUCUUCGGAGCUCGUUUCCUCAGAGUCCCGAUUCUGAUGACGAAGGCGGGGCAUCUGGACCGUCUGAAAUGGAGUUCUUGCGGAACCUUUUCUGCCAGACGCUGGGCUUGGGCAGUGAGAAGCCCGAAAAGGUGCUGGAUGAGCUGACGUUGGACGGUGUGAGCAGGUUCCUGCUGAGUGAGAAAUGCAAGAAGGUGGUGUGCAUGGUAGGAGCAGGGAUCUCAACCGCUGCAGGCAUCCCAGAUUUCCGUUCCCCAGGCACGGGGCUCUAUGCCAAUCUGCAACAGUACAACCUGCCCUCCCCUCAAGCCAUCUUUGAGAUCAGCUACUUCAAGCAACAUCCAGAGCCAUUCUUUGCCUUGGCCCGGGAGCUGUACCCGGGGCAGUUCAAGCCCACCGUGUGCCACUACUUCAUACGCCUCCUGAAGGAGAAAGGGCUGCUGCUGCGUUGCUACACUCAGAACAUCGACACUUUGGAACGGGUGGCUGGUCUGGACCAGGAAGACCUAGUAGAAGCUCACGGCACCUUCUUUACCUCUCACUGUGUCAGCAGCUCAUGCCAGAAGUCAUACAGUCUAGACUGGAUGAAAGAAAAGAUCUUCUCUUCCCUCAUCCCCAAGUGUGAAAAAUGUCAGAGCGUGGUGAAGCCAGAUAUUGUCUUCUUUGGGGAGAGCUUGCCUUCCCGUUUCUUCUCUCUGACGCAGUCCGAUUUCCGCAACGUUGAUUUGCUAAUCAUCAUGGGCACCUCCCUCCAGGUGCAGCCGUUCGCUUCUCUUGUUAGCAGGGUCCCCACGAACACUCCCCGUCUCCUGAUCAAUAAAGAAAAGACUGGGGAGAGUGAGCCCUUAAUGGCCCUGAUGGGCUUCGGAUGCGGGAUGGACUUUGACUCCGAGAAGGCAUACAGGGAUGUGGCCUGGCUUGGAGACUGCGACGAAGGCUGCCUGGCAUUGGCAGAACUCCUGGGAUGGAAGGAUGAGCUGGAGAAACUGGUGAGGGAGGAGCACGCCGCUAUAGAUGCCAAGUCGAGCCAGGCUGUUGGAGACGGGGCUAGCGCUUCCGGCGCUCCAGCAAAGGAAGCAAAGCAGUCGCUGUCUGCAAAGAAGAAAAGCCCUCCGGGCGGCAAAGAGAACUAAAGAGACUAAGUAGGAUUGUGGGUCCAGUUGCAUUGAAAAUUAAAGCCAACUGGCCACGGGCGAAAUGACCCUUUUGGCCUCCCAGCCUUCUCUCCUUUCAUUUCCUGCUGGAACGCAACCUUCUGGGAGGCCACCAAGUGUGGUUUCUCUGGCAGUGCCGCAGUGGGAAUUUCAAGAAUACGGCGGGUAACGGAAUGGCGUAGAAGCAAGAACGGCGGCGGUCCCACUUUGUGAAGACUUCUCUCUUCUGACUUUUGGUGGGGGGGGGGGGUGUUUGCUUGAAGUCCCUCGUUUCCAAAAUUCUGGGUGAAAUUCUCCAAUCAGCAACAUGAUGGGUUUGGGUACCUUAAUCAGGUUUUGAUGAUUUUUUAAUCCCCUCGCCCCCGGCUGAAGGCAAGAAGUUCUAAUGAAUUGGGUGAGGUGAAUCCACCCAGUGUUACUCUUCACACUGCUCUGUCCCUCUGGUGUCCAGCACUUGCUCAGCCCAGGAGAGCAGCUGUGGAAAGUGCCUAUAAGGGGGUUACCAACCGGGGUGGUCAACCUAUGGCACUCCAGAUGUUCAUGGACUACAAUUCCCAUCAGCCCCUGCCAGCAUGGCCAAUUGGCUGAUGGAAAUUGCAGUCCAUGAACAUCUGGAGUGCCAUAGGUUGGCCACCCCUGAACCAACCCUUGUGAUUCUUGGAAUGUAGCGAAUUUUAACAGUGUUCUAAGCUUUCUUUUCUGUCACUCACGUUAAGCUCUCAUAAAUGGCAAUUAAACUCAAGCACCUUGAUAACCAAA